CGCACGGCCACCCCGCGCAUGCGGGCUGGGGCGGCGCCACCGGAGGGGCCGCGGGCGGCGGAGGCUGCGGCAGCCCGGGGUUGCCAUGGAGCGGGAGCGCCGGCUCCGCGCUCCCUGCGCCGGGAAGGCUCUGCGCAAGAAACGCCGCUCGUCCCCUCUACCGGAGGCGGCCGCUCUCCCGGGCAGCCGGGCCGGCGGCUCUCAGAUGUGCCGGCGGCGCCUGUUCGGGAGCGAGGGGCCUCGCGGGCCCGAGCCCGCCUGUAAGCGCCUGUCCCGGGCGGCGGCGGGGCUUGGGGUGCAGGAGGCGGGGCCCGCACCGGCGGGAAAAGGUCUGAAGAAAAAGUCCAGUGGGAAAAAAUUACCAAAGAUUAAAGAAAAUGUUGAAUAUACUGAAGAGAGCUCUUCAUGCAACCAAAGCAAUCAAGUGACUGGCAGGAAAACAACAGACUUUAAGAGGAAAGAAGAGGUGCCAGAAGAAAGCAGUGUACCACUGAAGGAUUCCAAAAUAAUCAAAUUUGGAAAUAAAGGAAGUUUGAAAAAUGCUGAAGUGACUUCAAGUACAGAAAUUACUCUUCCCACAGGUGUUUCCACCUUCCUCAUAGAGUGUUUAGAUGAAGAUUCAGCUGCAGAUUAUAGCUCUGCUAGCAACAGCCUGCAAACUUACUCAUCCCCUGAAACAUUCAGAGAUGAUGAUUUGGAAAGAUGCAAUUUUUACUCUAUGGACCUUGGCAAGUACAAGAACUCUACUCUCCUGGACUCCAGCAAAGCAAUGGCCAUUGAUAAGAUACCACAGAUGUCAAAUCUUUCAGCAAUAUUAGAACCUGUACCAGAGGAUUUUCCAAACCAACGCACAAAAAGAAAGAGACCGUCAAGUUGCUAUAAUAGUUCUUCAGCAUUAAGCGUUUCAGCUACACUGGCAGGAAAAAAACUCUGUAAAAUAACAGCUGCAAGAGAGAGAACUCCAGAUCUAAAAAGUGGUAUGCGCUGUUCUUCACCAUUAGGACCGGAAAGCAAGUAUGGUACUCGAACAGCUAAAGCCAAAAGACCGAAGAAAAAAGAAAGCAGUUUUAAUCCCUUUGUAGAAGGUUCAUCAUCAUUUAGGCAGCUUGAUGCCCCAGAAAACACGUCAGCCCGAUCAGAGGGGCUGACAGCAGAAGUUCUGCCAAGCAAACCCACAGAUGCUGUGGUGCAAAUGACUUCCACCAUGCUAAUCAUGGAGGAAAAUAAAGUCCUAAAAAAUCCUGGUAAUGCUCAGCCUCUCGAGCUAGAUCUUAGCCUGUCGCCGGUGUGUAAAGCCUCACCCGGGGAAGACCUGUUCCUGAAUACCACAGGUCCUUUUGUUAACUCAGAAGAAAUUGUUCCUGCAUCUCUGAGCUCAGAAAAAGAAAUGACUCCUCAAAGUCCAGAAGAAAAGAAUAUUUUAAAGCCUCAGUGUGACAGAAGGGAGAUGGAGAUCUGCUCCAUUGUGAGAAUGUCACCAGAGCCGAGGCCUUCCCGGCUGCACCAAGUCCCAGUUAACUCCAAAAAGUGCUACCUUCCCAAAGGACUGCCUGAAGAUUCUAUAACGAGUACCAAGAAUUGGAUCUGCUAUAAACGGAGAUGAGAUUUUUGGCUCUCAACAGGAGUUAACAGAAGAAAUUACUGUCUUGCUGCUGUGACAGGGUGGUAAAACAGAACUCCUAACUAGCAAAUAAUGGUUGUAUGUUGUUUGACAUUGUAUUGUAUUUUGUACAACAUUGUAUGUUGUUUGACAUUUAGUAUUACGUGUUUCAGUAAGCUGGUAAAUACUCAGAUACUUUAUAUUAAAUGAUUUUGUAC